AUGCUACCAGUAAGCAAAUGUGUUUAUCAAUUACAGAAAAAUAUAUCAAUUGCUCACCAAAAAUUACAAGAUUUAGAAAAUAAUAAAAAUACUAAAAGUGAUAGUAAUAUUAGUGAUACUAAAGUGCUUGAGAAAAAUGUAUUUAUAGAUGAAGAAAAGGCAAAAACCAUUAGUAAUCGAAAAAAGGCUAAAAGCAGACAAGCUAUCACAAAAAUGAUUAAUAUUACAACUUUUUUUUCUAAAGAUGAAAAAUUCAAUCUAGAAAGUAGUAAUGAAGAAAGCCAGAAUUUAGAUUGUGUUAAUACAGAAAAUAACCAGCAACAAAGUUUUAAGAAUAAUCAACAACAAAGUAUUGAGAAUAAUCAGCAACAAAGUAUUGAUAAUACAAUUAAAAAAAUUGAAAUAAUAAUAAAAAAUAAGAAGCUUAGAAAAGUUGAACUAGUGCAUUAUCAAUUAGUUAUCUGGUAUUUGCAUUUACCACAAAGUGAAAAAAAUAAGAAAGACUCUAGUGAAACUGUUGCAACAUACUUUGAAGAAAAAGUAGUUCCAGAUCUUGGAUUUACUACACCACAAAUAAUUAGUGUUAGAAUGUUAUAUACCUUUUGGAGACCAGAUAAUAAACAACCUUUGAGAAAGAAAGAUUUAGAUGCAGCAUCAGGUGCAAAUUGUGAUGGAUAUUGGAAUAGAGUAAAUUCAAUGACCCUUAAUAUAUUAAAUACAAAUCAAAUAAAUUUGUAUUCUGAAGAUAAUCAACCAUUAUUGCAUUCAGCAAUGUGGAAUAGUGAUAUUCAAGAAAUAGUGUUUCCUUCUGAUUAUGAAAUUAAAGAGUUAUGA